AUCGGAACGCAUAUGUUUAUCCGUGUCAUAAACAAGAAGAAACGAUUUGAGGUUAUCUCUAUUCACAGAUCGUGAUGCAAAGUAAUGAUAAAAGUGAUCGAAACAUUUCGUAAAUGAAGUAAUUGUUUAAUUACCACACGUCUGAGUUAUACCGAAGGAAUUUGAGAAUGACCGAGAUAGACAACAACGAAGAGCAAUUGCCUCAGAAUCUCGGCGACGAUGUCGUUCAAGAGGUUCUCAAGACCGGCACCGACUUACGCCAGUAUUCCAGACAAAUCGAAAAGGAACUCAAGGAAGUCGAGAACAAGUCGAUCCAAGAUUAUAUCAAGGAGAGUGAGAACAUAGCUAGUCUACACAAUCAAAUUGCUGCUUGCGAUAAUAUAUUGGAGAAAAUGGAAUCGAUGUUGAUGAAUUUUCAAUCAGAUUUAGGAAGUAUCAGUUCCGAAAUACUUUGUUUACAACGUAAAUCUGUUGCUAUGAGCCAGCAGCUAUCUAAUAGGCAAGUAAUACGUGGCCCGCUCAGUCAAUUUAUCGAAGAUAUGACAGUGUCUGAAGCUCUGAUCGCUGGUAUUAUGGACUGUCCUGUGACUGAGAAGGAAUUUUCAAUUCAGCUACAAACCCUAAAUCAUAAAAUUAACUUUGUGAAAGAGCAAAGUUUCAAAGAUGCAAAAUCUUGUCUAGAUGUGACGGAUAUACUAGAAAAGCUAAAGAUUAAGGCAAUGGCAAAGAUUAGGAUAUACUUACUAGAGCAAAUUUAUAAAUUUAGGAAGCCUAUGUCAAAUUAUCAAGUGCCACAGAAUAACAUGCUAAAAUAUAAAUUUUUCUUUGAGUUUGUUUUGGCAAAUGAAAGAAAUGUGGCAGAGGAAAUUUGUGGAGAAUACAUUGAUACCAUGAGCAAAAUAUAUUAUUCAUAUUUCAAGAUGUACUCGUCGAAGCUGAUGAAAUUACAGUUUGAAGAGAGAGCAUCAAAAGAUGAUUUAAUGGGAGUCGAAGAUACAGCAAGUAGAGGUAUAUUUCAUAAAACAACAUUAAAGAACAAAGGUACUGUUUUUUCGAUAGAUACAAGGGGUGAAGUUUUGUCCUCUCAAUUGGAAGCAUCUAUAAUUGUACCACACACUGCCUCAAAAACACGGUAUCACUAUGAAGCGCUAUUCAGAAGCGAACAAUACGCUUUGGUUGAUAAUGCCUGCCGAGAAUAUCUAUUCUUGCUUGAGUUUUUCAAGGCUCGUAAUGCACAGGCAUUAGAUAUUUUUAAUCAAAUCAUGGGAAAAACAUUAAACCUUAUGAUAAAAAACUUGCAAUCAUUUGUCGAUGAUUGUUAUGAUACAAUUGCUCUAUUUCUUUGCUUGCAUUUGGUGAUGCGUUAUCAAUUGAUUUGUCACAAAAGAGCUGUACCAGCAUUGGAUAAAUAUUGGGACACUUUAACAGCUAUAAUUUGGCCUAGAUUUCAAAUGGUGUUCCAGUUAAAUAUACAGAGUAUAAAAGAUUGUGAUCCAUUAAAAUUGAACAAAGAAACUGGUCCACAUUAUAUUACCAGAAGAUAUGCGGAAUUUAGCGCAGCAAUCGUAAGUGUAGUUGAGGGAUUCCCUUGCGAAGGAGCAACUCAAUUACUAGCAGAACUGAGAGAAGCUGUACAAUGCUUCUUGUUUAGAAUGGCAGCCAUUUUCCAAAACCGGACGCAUCAAUUAAUAUUUCUUAUCAAUAAUUAUGAUCUGGUACUUGGAGUAUUAAUGGUAAGUAAAUUCAACUAUAUGCAUGGAAAAGAGCCUAUACGCUUCAUAUAUAUUGUAUAUCAAGAGAUAACAAAUGUUAUACUUAACUUAAAGGAGAGAACACGAGACAAUUCCAAGGAAGCGGAGAGCUUUCGCGAGCAAUUGAACGCCCGUUCCUCCGAGUUUGUCGAGGAAGUCUUGAGCCCGCAUUUUGGUGGUAUAAUCCAAUUGGUGAAGGAAUCGGAAGCUCUGAUAGAAAAGGGCCAAGUCGACGAUUUGAAACGGCAGGAGGGGAAAGCAUUGGCUUUGGUGCAAUCUUUCACAAAUAAUUGGAAACGAGCGUUAGAAGAGAUACAUCGGGAAGUAUUAAAAUCAUUUCCCAACUUGGUGCUCGGCGGUGCACUAGUGCAACGCGCGAUGACGCAGUUGGUGCAGUAUUAUCAUCGCCUUCAUAAGAUCCUGCCGCCGAAUGCGCGCACGCAACUUACAAACAUACACCACAUAAUGGUAGAAAUUAAAAAAUACAAGACGAAUUAUUAGGCAACUUCUUGAUGAAGUUGAUCCAAACCUAAAGGACGAUCAAAGCAUUAACCACUUAUUAUAUAAUAAAAGAAUUAUCUCCUAAUAUUGUAUAUAGCAUUUAACUAUUAUGUCUAUUUAAAAGUGAUAAUUAUUUAUUAAACAAAGAUGCAAAUUUUGUUUCAUUACCAAAUAUUCUUUCCUUGAUGAAAUUGGGAGAGAAGAGAGAGAGUAUAAAUAUAAUCCUUGUAUAAAUAUAAUCUCUCGCGCAGAGAAAUAAAUUCUGUACAUUUAUUUAUAAAAUAAUACAAGCUACAAAUAAGAUGCUAAGUACUCACGGUAUCGCGUUACCAUUCUAUACAAUAGUGAUUAAUUCUCCGUACUCUUAUGCACAUGGUACGAGUACAUCGGAUCACUGUAAUGUGUAUGUGUAUGUGUGUACAUCUAUAUCUUAUUGUAUAUAAAUUAGUAUGUAUACAUACACAAU